AAAAUAAAGAAGAGAAUGUCUGAAGUAUUCAGUAGUUAUGAAGUUGAAUUUGAAAAGUAUUAGCAAUAAGUCUGCCAAUUAAUACGAUAAACCUAAAUUAAUAAAUCAGAUGACACCUUAAAUGAGAUAAAUUCAGUUUUUACUGAUUUGCAGAAUUGUGUAAAAUAGAUAAUUUAUUCCUAUAGUUACAAUAAAUGGAUAUAGAGUCAGCCAGUAUUGCAGUGUCCGAUAGAUAGGAAUUAAAAAACAAGGUUAAACGAUAUAAAUCAGAGACUGAGGCAAUGAAAAAAUAAUUUAGAAUAUUGCAAGAUGAGGUUUCAUCUCAAAAAACUAAAGAUUCCUUAUUUGGUGAAUAAGACAAUCAACAAAUAAAAUUCAUUAAUACUUAAGAUAAGUUAGUCAAUUAAACUCUAAAAUUAGAAGAUGCAAAAAGAGUGUGCUUUGAAAUUGAAACAAUUUCUAAUAAUAUAUAAGUUCAAUUGAAGGGUCAGUCUGAAACCUUGGAUAGAAAUAUAAACAAAAUGCCUGAAAUUUAAUACGACUUGGGUGAAUCAAAUAGUCGACUGUCAAGGAUUAAAUCAAAAAUGAGAGAACACAAAAUUAUAUUCUUAAUCGUUCUUGCUAUCUUUUUGACUAGUAUUGCUAUUGUGUUAGUAUAUAAAUAUGCUUGAAUUUCUAAUAUUUGUUUUAUUAAUGAUUUAUUUUACGG